GUCUUUUAAAGCAUAAAAGAAUGCGUCAUCAUUCACGAAAGCAUUGCUGGCUCUCAAAAAUUUUCACCAAGCAGAAAUUAUUCAUACGUCUACUGAGAUACGAAUGAUGUAUAGUUUAAGCAGUUCUUAAAAAAGAUAGUGUAAAAGUAGAAUUUUGAAAAAUUAUUUUUGAAUUGAGAUUAAUUAAAUAUUUUUAGAAAAAUCAAACUAGCUCUCAAGUUUUUCUCUUGAAAUUUAAUAUAGAGUUUAUAUUUGGUCAUGUGGAAUUUCAAUUCUUAUUAUAGAGACAUGAUUUCCAGUAAAGCAGAAGAGAAGAUAUCGACCAGGAUUAUAAUUGAUGUGGUUCUUCUGAUCAUUGCUGCAAUACCUAUUCCUUUAUUUUAUACUGGAGUGUUUACGCCAUAUCAACGAGGAUUUUUCUGUGAUGAUGAAACUAUACGAUAUCCAUACAGAGACUCAACUGUAUCUGAUUUCUCACUGUACGUUGGAGGUUUAGCAAUAGGAAUUCUUACAAUCUUCUUGUGUGAGUUUGUCAGAAAAUUAUUUGUGAAGCCAGAGGACGAAAGCGAGUUUCAUAUUUUCGGCAGGCGAGUGCCUGCCACUGCUCUGUAUAUUUAUGCUAGUACAAGUUUGUUCCUAUUUGGAUGUUUUAUUGUUGAAGUAGCCACGGAUUUCAUCAAAUAUACCCUUGGGAGAUUGAGACCAAAUUUCAUCGAUGUAUGCAAACCAGAUUUUGACUGUUCAUCUUUGACGAAUCCGCAUAAAUUUGUUGAAAAUUAUACUUGUACCAAUCCAGAUACUUACAGCGUAGAUGAUUCUAGGCUGUCAUUUCCUUCUGGCCAUUCUUCUUUCGCAAUAUACGCCAUACUAUUUUCAGUGAUAUAUAUGCAGAAGUGUUUAAUCUGUCCACAUUCGAAAUUCGUAAGACCUGCUUUGCAAUUCAUUUUAUUGUUAAUGGGUGCUUACACUGCUGUUUCUCGUAUUGGAGAUAAUAAGCAUCACUGGAGUGACGUCAUUGCAGGCAGUGUUUUGGGAGUCGUCUCAGCUGUUUUAAUGUUUUACAUUCCACGAAAUAAUCUUGCCAGAUCAGAGGAGGCAAAAAUGAAAGAAGGACAAAAGAUGUCGACUAACUUGGAGUUAUACGGAUCAAUUUGAGAAUGGUCAAAGUUCAGUAUUAUAUGUUAUUUUAUUAUAUCAAGACAAUGGAUUUAUAAUUCCUGAACUAGAAUAGAUUAUUAUUACAUGAAAUGCAUUUUAGAAUCUCAUCAAUUUUUCAUCAAAAUAAUUGUCACAUUUUUUUUCAUAUUUGUUUAAAUAUAAAGAACUAUUAACUGUAACAGGGGAUAAUACAGGCAAUCGAGUUUUGAGAAAUAUAGUUUAAAAUAAGGAAUUUUCGAUUAUAAUAGGUAUAUUUUAAUUUAAAACACUAUAAAAAGAUUUCAUUUCAAUUAUUACAUGGAGAUUCUAAUUUUUUUUUAUUUAAAUGUAUUUUGCAUCCCAUUAGAAAUAAUUAUUAGUCUAACUAAUAAUUUGCCCUUUUGGAAAUUUCGCAGAUAUUAAUUUUACCAUUAUUUUCAUAUUAACAUUUUGUUUUUGCACCUUUGUCUUUAUUUUCUCCAAUUAUUUCAAUAUAUUUAUAUUGUAAUUAUUUUGAAAUGUCUCAUGUGGUGAAUAAUAAAUAAUGAUUUAAAUAAAAAACUUCUUUAUUUCAGAUUUUUUUAUAUAUGAAAUUAUAAAAUCAUAAAAAUUCCCGAAAUUGUUUUAUAUGAUCUCAAAAAUAUUCACUGUUGAUAAAAACAAAACAAAAAUAUGCAAUGAGUUUGAAUUGAUAUAAAUAGUAUGUUUUGGGGUGAAAAGUAAUCAUUCUGCUGUAUCAUCAUAUAAAACCUAAGAAAAAAAAGUUUAUUUCAUGUUUUCACGUAGUAGUUUUGGAUAUUUCUGUUUGUCGCGUUGCAUGCUUGUUUGCAUUUUUGGAUAUUUUUUCCAGCAAAACUAUGAGCUUGAUAAUUAAAUUUGUAAUAAAAAUAUUUUUAUACUCA